UAAGUUUAAUUGCAAACAAUCUUGAAAAUGCUUUUAAAUAUAUAUUGUGGCCGUAGUAUCCAACGAAAAAAUUGUCCCUCAUUUAAUUGUCUGAAUAUCUACAGAUACACAGUGUAAAUAAAAAAUAUAUAUUUCAGUUCAGAUCGAAAAUAAGAAGCAUCUGUUUUGAAAAACUUUGAACUUGAGAAUUGUUGAGGAUGAGGAUGAUCACCGGCUGUCGUCAUUUUAGCACCACGUUGUUGCUGCAAUCUAAAAAGAACAAAGGCGAUGGCAAGUUUCGCAUGGAGCGGGACACAUUUGGCGAGCUGAAGGUGCCAGCGGAUAAACUGUUUGGCGCACAGACGAUGCGCUCCGUGAUCAAUUUCCCCAUUGGCACCAUUGGCGAACGCAUGCCGAAGCCUAUCAUCCAGGCCAUGGGCAUAUUGAAGAAGGCCUGUGCGGAUGUCAACAAGGACUUUGGCAUGGACGCCGGGAUAGCGGAUGCCGUGUCCGCUGCCUGUGACGAUGUCAUCUCCGGCAAGUACUACAGCAAAGGACACUUCCCGUUGGUCAUCUGGCAGACGGGCUCCGGCACUCAAUCGAACAUGAAUGCCAACGAGGUGAUCAGCAACGCGGCCAUCAAGGCAAUGGGCGGUGAGCUCGGCUCCAAGAAACCAGUGCAUCCCAACGAUCACGUGAACAAGUCGCAGAGCUCCAACGACACCUUCCCCACAGCCGUGCACAUCUCUGUCGGAUUAGAGCUGAACAACCGUCUCAUUCCAUCCUUGUGCUAUCUGCGCGAUGCGAUCCAUUGCAAAUCGAUUGACUAUAAGGACAUCAUCAAGAUCGGUCGCACCCAUCUCAUGGACGCAGUGCCUCUGACCUUGGGCCAAGAGUUCAGCGGUUAUGCCCAGCAGCUGACAUACGGCGUCGACCGCAUCAGUGCCUGCCUGCCGCGCGUCUAUGAGCUGGCCCUUGGUGGCACAGCCGUCGGCACUGGCCUGAACGCGCCCAAGGGUUUCGCCGAAAAGGUGUCAGCUCGAAUCGCCGAGCUGACCUCGCUGCCAUUUGUGUCGGCGCCCAAUAAGUUCGAGGCGCUGGCCGCCCGCGAUGCCAUGGUGGAGGUGCACGGCGUGCUCAACACUAUUGCCGUCAGCCUGAUGAAGAUUGCCAACGAUAUUCGCUUCUUGGGCUCAGGGCCACGUUGCGGUCUCGGUGAGCUUCAGUUGCCCGAGAAUGAGCCGGGCAGCUCCAUUAUGCCCGGCAAGGUGAAUCCCACACAGUGCGAAUCGUUGACCAUGAUAUGCGCCCAGGUUAUGGGCAAUCAGGUGGCGGUCACAGUGGGCGGCGCCAGUGGACAUUUUGAGCUUAAUGUUUUUAAACCUUUAAUUGUGUCCAAUGUUCUGCGUUCCAUUCGCCUUUUGGCGGAUGGUAGCGUUAACUUUAGCAAGCACUGUGUCGAGGGCAUUGAGCCCAAUACGGAUCGCAUUGAGAAGAUCAUGAACGAGUCGCUGAUGCUGGUGACGGCAUUGAAUCCGCACAUUGGCUACGAUAAGGCGGCAAAGAUAGCAAAGACUGCACAUGAGAACGGCACCACGCUCAAGGAGGAGGCUAUCAAGGCUGGAGUGACUGAGGAGCAGUUUAAGGAAUGGGUUGACCCCAAGAAAAUGCUAGGUCCCCAUUAAAUGUGUAAUCACUGCUUUA